AUGCGGUUCUGGUGGACGCAGGACGUAUGUGGGGGGCUGGAGAGGGGGCCGGUCACCAUGAAUGAACCCGCCUCAGAGGCGGAGCUAGAGGAGGCUGAGCGAAUCGUGCUGCAGUGUCACAUUGAUGGACAUCCACGGCCGAGCAGUAAAUGGUUCAAAGAUGGAGAUCAGCUGGACAGAAAGGACAGGAUCCUCAUGCUGACCAGCCUCAGUACAGGGGAUUCUGGGAUAUACUCCUGCUGUGCUCAAAAUGCUGCAGGAAAAGUGUGCAGUAACCACAAUAUCACCCUCAAUAUCAUCGAUGAGUCUGUUCCCCGUGUGCUGGUGGCUCCGGUGGAUCAGGUGGUUUUGCGUGAUGAGGAGGCUGUGUUUCACUGUCAGUUCAGAGCCAAGCCGCCGCCGCUGAUCGAGUGGUUCCACAACACAGAACCCGUCCUCAACAAAUCACGGUUUGUGGUGUACGCUAACGGCACACUGCACAUCAGUCAGGUGAAGCAGCGCAGCACAGGUGUGUAUAAAUGUGUGGCUCAGUAUGGAGAAAACAAACAAGUACAUGUGGAGGCAGCGCUCAGGAUCGCAGAGAUCGCAGACAUGGGCGAGCGCAUGUUUCGGGUUUUCACGGCGGGCCGCAGUGAGCGUGUGCGCUGUGAUCCACCGCAGGGUCAGCCGGAGCCGCAGGUGUGGUGGGAGCGUGCGGGAGCUCGUGUGGCGUCUGAGGGUCGAGUCCAUCAGCGGAACGGAGAUCUGAUCUUCAGCCCCACAGACGGAUCAGACUCGGGCGUCUACACGUGUGUCGCCCGCAACACAGCCGGACAGAAGCAGCAGGAGCUCGUCGUCACUGUAGCCACCUCUCCAGAAUGGAUCGUUCAGCCGCAGGACACACGCGUCGAGGAGGGUCAGCCGGGUUUCCUGCACUGUCACGCACGGGGCACGCCUGAACCACGGGUCACAUGGUACCGCAAGAGCGUCCCGAUCAGUGAGGAGGGCUCUCGUUAUAAGCUCUUCUCUAACGGGACGCUGAGGAUCAACAGCGCAGAGCUGAAGGACGCUCAGACGUACAGCUGUGUGUGUGUGACGGAGGGCGGAUCGCUCAUCGGACACGCGCAGGUUCUCAUACUGGAGAAGUUGAAGUUCACGCCCGUCCCGCAGCCGUCGCAGUGUCUGCAGCUGGACAGAGAGAGCGGCGUCAGCUGUGUUGCUGCAGGACGAGAGACGCCCAUCAUACACUGGAGCAGAGCAGACGGCGCUGAUCUCCCGUCUCACGUGAGUCAGAUGAACGGAGUUCUGCGCUUCAGUACAGUGACCCGCGCCGAUAGAGGAAACUACACGUGUGUGGCGUCCAGCAGCGCGGAGGGAGAGAUACGAGCGCACGUCCAUCUCACUGUAGGAGUUCACGUGGAGUUUAAGCUGGAGCCGGAGCAGACCACAGUCUAUCAGGGUCACACGGCCGUGUUUCACUGCCAGGCGUCAGGUGACCCGCAGCCGUACGUCCAGUGGAUGCUCAAAGACAAACUACUCAGCAGCAGCAGCUCCAGCAGGUUUCAGAAGAUGCCCAAUGGCUCUCUGGUCAUUAGUGAUGUGACCACUGAGGACACGGGUGUGUACACCUGUAUCGCAGGAAACACCUGCAACAUCAGAGACACAGCAGCGCAGCUCUAUGUCGUGGAGAAGCCUGUGCACCCGCGCAGUGAAGACGAGGAUAAGAGCCAGUUUAAGAUGUUCCAGACCAUCGCGCUGUCGGUGGCCGUGGCCGUGGCGUACAUCAUCGCUGUGCUGGGACUGAUGUUCUACUGCAAACAGAGACGCAAGAACAAACGGCUGCAGAAGAACCGCGCCGGAGAAGAGCCCGAGAUGGAGUGUCUGAACGGUGUUCAGCUGAAUGGCCACAGGAUGUCUGAGAUCCAGGAGGAAGUGGCUUUAAGCAGCAUGAGACCUUCAGCAGACUCAGAGAAACAGCAGAGCUGCGGUGACAAGCUGCACUUUCCCAGAGCGCACCUGCAGACCAUCACCUCACUGGGUCGUGGUGUGUUCGGCGAGGUGUUUCUGGCUAAAGCGAGGGCGAUAGAGGAGGCCGAGCCGGAGACGCUGGUGCUGGUCAAGAGUUUAGAGAGCCGAGAGGAAACGCACCGAACCGAGUUCAGACGAGAGCUGGAGAUGUUCAGCAAACUCAAUCACGCUCACGUCGUACGACUGCUGGGAAUCUGCAGAGAAACCCAACCUCAUUACAUGAUCCUGGAAUAUGUGGAUCUGGGCGAUCUCAAACAGUUCCUCAGGAUAUCAAAAUGCAGUAAGGCAGACGUCUGGGCGUUCGGGGUGCUGAUGUUGGAGGUGUUCAGUCUGGGCGAGCUGCCGUACCCCGCGCUUAAUGACCACCAGGUGCUGGAAGGUCUCCAGGCUGGUACUCUGCGUUUGUCUCCUCCAGUGAACUGUCCUGCUCACGUCUGCAGUCUGAUGAGCCGCUGCUGGGCGUCCAGCCCUAAAGAACGGCCCACGUUCAGUGAGAUCCUUCAGACUCUGACUGAUUCCUCCACAGACACCAAAGUCUAGAGGAUCACGACUGCAAUCAGAGACCCAAUCACACACAUUUCAGGCGUGAGAGUCUGCUUCGAGACACGCUUCUGUCCCAUUAAUGAUCUGUUUACACUAAUGUAGAAGCUCCUUCCUCUCGCUGGAGCCUCAGGGACUCCGAGGAUGACCUUUGACCUCUGCAGCGCUGGACAAUCGCAGAUCCAUCAGGUUACAGACGCAGGACGAGGUGCUGCACACAUGAUGCUGGAAUCACGUCAUGCCUGCGGUUCACGUCACGCACUGGAAUCAGCAGUGUGUACAGAGUGUGUGUGUGUGUGUGUGUGUGUGGGAGUAUGAGUGUGUGUGUGUGUG